AAUAUAAUAAAAUAGUAAAAAGUAAAUAAUAAUAAAAAUAACAAAUUGAUUGUCAAUAAUGUUGGAGAAAGUGUUGGAUAAGACUGUGUUGUGGAAAGAGUGGACACUAUUAGCGUUUUGUGUGAUAGGAAUUGUCUCAACGAUCGUUAUAUCGGGUGUUUCGUUGGCCAUCAUUGACAGCAUUGACAACGAUAUCAGCAAUCAUACUGAGGCUGCCGUUACCAGCGCUACAGUAGCCAAGAAUUCUGCGAAGACAAUGAUAAUUGUGUCGACAAUCAUCACAAUAUUAGUGGACGUAAUGGCGUUUGUGGGCGGCUAUAAGUCUGGUUACUUUAUGACACUGACCUACAUCAUGCUUAUGGUAUUAAUUGGUUUGGGCAGCGUUUUGAUAGCCAUUCGUACCGAGUGCUGGUAUCCAACAGUAUUUCACUUUUUAAUACUGGGAUUGGCAUACGAUAUGAGACUCAUCAAAAACAAGGCAUUCAGUCACCGGAAUAAGCUACUGGAAAAGGAGCUAGAGUAUCAGAGACAUAAAUACCACCAUGCAUCACCUUUAGUUGUGGUGACAUGUGGUAAUAACCAACCUUAUGUUACUAGUAUGGGUGCCUCCGAGCCCUCUGAUGCCAAUUCACGCCAUAUCAUUAAUAUGGAUGCUUUGAGUGGUACUGAUAAACAAUAUUAUCAGUUGCCUGUCUGGCCGGCCAGCCCUGCCAUACCCGCCGUAUCCAAUGAACCGCUGCCCCCAUAUCCCUAUCUAAAUGGUGCCACCAAUAAAAUGCAUGAAAAAUUACCUUAA